AUGAGCCCCUGCGGCCCGCGGGGGGUGGCGCUGGCGGGGCUGCGGGCGAAGAGCGGGGUGCCGGGCCUCGCUCGUCGGCCCCGGGGCAAGGUGGGAGGGGCUCGGCAGGCGCUGGUCCCCGCCGCCCCGGCCGGCUCAGCAGCGGCCCGGGGCACGCCGCCUGCUCCCGGGCUGCAUGCCUGCGAGCGCCUGGAGGGGCCGGCCCGGGAGCCAACGGGUAGUGCUUCCCCAGCCCAGCGGCUCGGGCGGCGCAGCCCGCGCUCGGGAGACAACUGCGGAGUCGGGCUGCUCGGGCCAGCCCCCUCCCUCGCCCGGCCCCCGCCCCGCCGCCUCCGAGCGCGUAGCGAGCUCAACUCCAGUAUCUCUUCUUUAGGGAAUGGCUCUCCCAGCACCCCAUGCUUUUCCUGACAAACCCUGAUCUCACUCCGUAAUUUUGUGUCCUCUAGGCUGACCUUUGCAUAAGUGUCUGUGCAGAGCCGCGUACGCAGUGAUCCGAUGGGCAUCCGGCGCAGACUACGUGGUGUCUAGAGAUGCCUUACUGGGUCUUUGUGGGGCAUUUGG